UCCCAGCUGUGUGUCCUUUAAGAGUGACUGGUCUAUGGCCAGACCUAUUGACUUCAAAGAUGGACACCCAUCAUCUGAUCAGAGGAUUCAACAUGUAACCUUUGGACCUAGUCCCAGCUGUGUGUCCUUUAAGAGUGACUGGUCUAUGGCCAGACCCAUUGACAUCAAACAUGGACACUCAUCAGAUCACAGGAUCCAACACGAGAAACCUGAACCCAGUCCCAGCUGUAUGUCCUUGAAGAGUGACUGGUCUAUGGCCAGACCUAUUGACUUCAAACAUGGACACCCAUCAGAUAAGAGAGUUCCUCAGCAGAGCUUAAAGGUCCCCACUGGUCAGUCUGCGGAGCAGCAUCAAUCUGACCUGGACUCCAUAUUCAUGCUGCUCCAGGAAAACAUCGUCAGAUUUGUGGAGGACGAGCUGAAGAAGAUCCAGAGAGUCCUGAGUUCAGAUUACCCAGAAAGCUUAGAGAGUCAGAGCGAGGAUGAGGAGGUGUUGGACGGUGAGGACGAAGAGCAGAGGAGGAGCAGCAGAGAGGCAUUUCUGAACAUCACCCUGCACUUCCUGAGGAGCAUGAAGCAGGAGGAGCUGGCUGAGCGUCUGCAGAGCAGAACCAUCGCUGCAGUGUGUCAGCGUAAACUUAAAUCCACCCUGAAGGAGAGGUUCCAGUGUGUGUUUGAGGGCAUUGCUAAAGCAGGAAACCCAACCCUUCUGAACCAGAUCUACACAGAGCUCUACAUCACAGAGGGGGGGUCUGCAGAGGUCAAUGAUGAACAUGAGGUCAGACAGAUUGAAACAGCAUCCAGGAAACCAGACAGACCAGAAACAACCAUCAGACAAGAAGACCUCUUUAAAGCCUCACCUGGAAGAGAUGCACCAAUCAGAGCAGUGCUGACAAAGGGAGUGGCUGGCAUUGGGAAAACAGUCUUAACACAGAAGUUCACUCUGGACUGGGCUGAAGGCAAAGCCAACCAGGACAUCCAGUUCAUAUUUCCAUUCACCUUCAGAGAGCUGAACGUGGUGAGAGAGAACAAGUACAGCUUGGUGGAACUUGUUCAUCACUUCUUCUCUGAAACCAGAGACGCAGGAAUCUGCAGGUUCGAUCAGUUCCCGGUCGUGUUCAUCUUUGACGGUCUGGAUGAGUGUCGACUUCCUCUGGACUUCCUCAACACUGAGAUCCUGACUGAUGUCACAGAGUCCACCUCAGUGGAUGUGCUGCUGACAAACCUCAUCAGGGGGAAGCUGCUUCCCUCUGCUCGCCUCUGGAUAACCACACGACCUGCAGCAGCCAAUCAGAUCCCUCCUGAGUGUGUGGACAUGGUGACAGAGGUCAGAGGGUUCACUGACCCACAGAAGGAGGAGUACUUCAGGAAGAGAUUCAGAGAUCAGGAGCAGGCCGGCACCAUCAUCUCCCACAUCAAGACCUCGCGAAGCCUCCACAUCAUGUGCCACAUCCCAGUCUUCUGCUGGAUCUCUGCUUCAGUUCUGGAGGAGGUGUUGAAAACCAGAGAGGGGGGAGAGCUGCCCAAGACCCUGACUGAGAUGUACAUCCACUUCCUGGUGGUUCAGUCCAAAGUGAAGAACAUCAAGUAUGAUGGAGGAGCAGAGACAGAUCCACACUGGAGUCCAGAGAGCAGGAAGAUGAGAGGCUCUGGAAAACUGGCCUUUGAGCAGCUGCUGAAAGGCAACCUGAUCUUCUAUGAGUCCGACCUGACAGAGUGUGGCAUCGAUAUCAGAGCAGCCUCAGUGUACUCAGGAGUGUUCACACAGGUCUUUAGAGAGGAGAGAGGACUGUACCAGGACAAGGUGUUCUGCUUCGUCCAUCUGAGCGUUCAGGAGUUUCUGGCUGCUCUUCAUGUCCAUCUGACCUUCAUCACCUCUGGAGUCAACCUGCUGUCAGAAGAACCAACAAACUCCUGGCUGCCUAUAGUCUUCAGAGACAAACCUAAACUAACACAUCUUUACCAGAGUGCUGUGGACCAGGCCUUACAGAGUCCAAACAGACACCUGGACUUGUUCCUGCGCUUCUUCCUUGGUCUUUCACUGCAGACCAAUCAGAUUCUCCUACGAGGUUUGCUGACACCACAGACAGGAAGUGGCUCAGAGAUCAAUCAGGAAACUGUCCAGUACAUUAAGAGAAAAAUCGAAGACACACCCUCUGCAGAGAGAAGCAUCAACCUGUUCCACUGUCUGAAUGAACUGAAUGAUCGUUCUCUGGUGGAGGAGAUCCAACAGUACCUGAGUUCAGGAAGUCUCUCCACAGAGGAUCUGUCUCCUGCUCAGUGGUCAGCUCUGGUCUUCAUCUUACUGUCAUCAGAAGAAGAUCUGGACGUGUUUGACCUGAAGAAAUACUCUGCUUCAGAGGAGGCUCUUCUGAGGCUGCUGCCAGUGGUCAAAGCCUCCAGGAAAGCUCUGCUGAGUGGCUGCAAGCUGUCAGAGAGAAGCUAUGAAGCUCUGUCCUCAGUCCUCAGCUCCCAGUCCUCUAGUCUGAGAGAUCUGGACCUGAGUAACAACGACCUGCAGGAUUCAGGAGUGAAGCUGCUGUCUGCUGGACUGGAGAGUCCACACUGUGAACUGGAGACUCUCAGGUUAACUGACUGUGACCUGUCAGAGAGAAGCUGUGCAGCUCUGUCCUCAGUCCUCAGCUCCCAGUCCUCUAGUCUGAGAGAUCUGGACCUGAGUAACAACGACCUGCAGGAUUCAGGAGUGAAGCUGCUGUCUGCUGGACUGGAGAGUCCGCACUGUGAACUGAAGUCUCUCAGUCUGUCAGGCUGUCUGGUCUCAGAGGAAGGCUGUGCUUCUCUGGCUUCAGCUCUGAGCUCCAACCCCUCCCAUCUGAGAGAGCUGGACCUGAGCUACAAUCAUCCAGGAGCCUCAGGAGAGAAGCUGCUGUCUGCUGGACUGGACGAUCCACUCUGGAGACUGGACACUCUCAGGCUAGACCAUGGUGGAGAGCAGAGGUUGAGACCAGGUGUGAGGAAGUAUUCCUGUGAACUCACCCUGGACUCAAACACAGCACACAGAAACCUCAUACUGUCUGAGGACAACAGGAAGGUGACACGUGUGAGAAGAGAGGAGCCACAGCCAUAUCCUGAUCAUCCAGAGAGGUUUGACUUCUGGCCUCAGCUGAUGUGCAGAGAAGCUCUGACUGGCUGUUACUGGGAGGUCGAGUGGAGCGGAAGGGUUCAUAUAUCAGUGACUUACAGAGGAAGCAGCAGGAGAGGAGCCGGUGAUGAAUGUAGGUUUGGAGAGAAUGAUCAGUCCUGGAGUCUGAGAUGCUCUGAUGGUCGUUACUAUGUCUCGCACAAUAAAAGAAGAACAGACAUCCCCUCCUCCUCUUCCUCUUCCUCCUCCUCCUCCUCUGGUAGAGUAGCAGUGUAUCUGGAUCAUCCUGCUGGCUCUCUCUCCUUCUACAGAGUCUCCUCUGACACACUGAUCCACCUCCACACCUUCAGAACCACAUUCACUGAACCUCUCUAUGCUGGGUUUGGGCUCUGGUUCCAUGACUCCUCAGUGUCUCUGUGUCCUCUGUAGGAGGAGACCACUUCCUGUCCUGGGGUUUAAACGCUGGUGGUGUACGAGGCUUCACUAUAGUUAACAUUUGGCUCAGUGUUUGUGCCUUUUU